AUGAUUACAAUUUAUGAAACAAACGAUGUUACUCCAAAUUCCUAUGAAUAUAUUGAUAGAUUAAUUGGUGAAACUUGUUACGAUAUGUAUCCUCAUUCAUUUUACUUGGGUCGAGACUAUCACACAUUAUACCCAUUUUGGAAUGUUGGCAGCUGUAUGAGAUUUAUCAAUGCAGCAUCUGAAGUUGGAAAAACAAUUUUCUUAAUUAGUUCAGCUUCACUCGGUCGUAUUAUUGUACCCCAAAUAUAUGACAACAGAUGUAUUCACUCGAUAUAUGUACUAACUCGCAACAUAUUAAAGCACUUUAACUGGGUAACUCAUUAUAUUGAUAACAUACUAAUGUUUGAGCAUGCACUUGACUUACUUAGUAGAUUAAUACGCGAUAUUGCGACUUAUUAUGCACACAAAUCUGCAGCACCUAAUGUAAGUUUGCAAGGACGAUUAUCCUGCUUGAGGUGGGCCAAAAACUUAUUUAUCAAUGCAGAUAACAAUGACCACAUAGAUACUUCAAUUUAUCUUUUUCACUACAACGAAAAACGCAUUAUAGAGCUGGAAAAACUUUUCAAAAAUAAUCAGAAAUAUGACGAAGAUAUACAAUUUGGUAUUCAGUGUGUUGAAAUAUUUAUUUGUUAAUAAAUAAAUGCUAAAAAACAAUGCAUUAUCCUUUAGGUAUGCUGUUCUUUGAAAUAAGUAAAAUAAGAAAAAAUCGGCAAAAUAUUUAACUGUCAUAAAAGAAUUUAAAUUGUAUAUUCUUGAUAUUUUAAAAAUGCAUUAAUUUUUAUUUAUUUCGUCAAGAAAUUAUCAUCUCAUAUACGGUACUUGUUACCUCUCUAACUCAGUCAACAAGCUGGAACAAUUGAAAUUAAAAGAACUUGAUAUCUUUAGCGUAAAACUAAGGAAUAAUGUCAGACUACCACUUUAAUAUUGAUUAACAUCGUGCUAAUGAACAACAGAUCAAUAGGUACUCUUAAUACAGAAUUCUAUCUGUACUUGGGCUGGAUUAAUUCUUCAAAUUAUUUUUUUUUGAUAGCAACUCGUCUAUGUACAGUUUAUCUGAACACACCCAGGUCGACGAUGACGGGCGUCGUAUACGCCCGUAAACGGUCGUAUUUUGGCGGUUUACAUGGUCCUAGGGGUGGUGGCUUAGCAUUAGCAUUGCAUUAAAUAAUACUAAUUUUAAUGCUUUUGUAUUAGAAUGCAAAAAUUAACUUAAUGCUUUGGCAUUAGUGUUAAAAAAAUAAUAUAAUUCUUUGGUAUUAGUGUUAAUUUUGUAUUAAGAAAAUGCUAAUACCUAUCCCU